AUGACCGACAUCUACUUGAGCUACAGCGAACCAAACCUUGCAUUGGCCCAAGACUUGAAACAGGAAGUCGAAUCCUGUAGUAGUCUUUCUGUCGCUUUGGAAGACCAUGAUUGGGAAGAAACCGACGAGUGUGACUUUCAAGAACACAUCGAUCAAGCCAAAAUGUUCAUUUUGAUUGCCACUCCAUCCUCGAAUAUUACAGCCUGGGUCAUUGACCACAACAAAUCCAACAAACGUCGAAGCCUAAUGAAACCACCAACGGUCGACUUUUCCUCGUACGAAGACGGCAUGCGAGUUCUCAAGUAUGUCCUUCGAAGAGUGAUUGGAAGCAGACCAUUCCAAAACCGACGACCGGCAGCGACAAAAGAAGCAACCAAAGACAAAAAGCCCGAAAUUCCACAAAGGAGCACCUCGGUCUCGAACGAGGAUGAUAGCCAACAGGCAUCAUCAAGCUUUGCGGAACCAAACCAUCAAUUGCCAGCAGAACGAAAGUCGAACGGUAGUCUUUUGGAGGCCAUCGCCGACGGAUUUAGCCAAAUGCUACAGCGGGGACUUGGAUCCACGAUGGAUCUUUAG